AUGGUGCGUGUCCUUGCUCGCGGGUGGCUUGGCGAGUGUAACCGCAUGAGCAGCCGCGAUGUGAAUGUACGCUGGCAUCUUUUCCCCUACCUCAUUUUCCCGCAGGAGCCCCGCAGCCUGAGCGCAGCGUCGCCGCCCUUGGUUGAGGCUGGCCCUCCCCGCCGCUUCCGGCGGGCAGUGCCCCGAGGAGAGGCGGCGGGUGCGGUGCAGGAGCUGGCGCGGGCGCUGGCUCACCUGCUGGAGGCCGAGCGGCAGGAGCGGGCGAGGGCCGAGGCGCGCGCCCUGCUCCGCGCCCGCCUUGACCCCGCCGCCCUCGCAGCCCAGCUUGUUCCCGCGCCCGGCCCCGCCGGUGCGCUCCGAUCCCGGCCCCCAGUCUACGACGACGGCCCCGCGGGCUCGGAUGCCGAGGACGCCGGCGACGAGACACCCGACGUGGACCCCGAAUUGCUGAGGUACUUGCUGGGGCGGAUCCUCGCAGGAAGCGCGGACCCCGAGGCGGUGGCCGCCCCGCGCCGCCUCCGCCGCUCUGCCGACCAGGAUGUGGGCCCCGAGGUCCCCCCUGAGGGUGUGUUGGGGGCGCUGCUGCGCGUGAAACGCCUGGAGACCCCCGCGCCCCAGGCGCCCGCACGUCGCUUCCUGCCACCCUGAGCACCGCCGGGAUACUGCACGCCCUGGGACCCAGGAGCAUCCCCGCCACCCUGCCACCUGGACUGCUCCCCGGCCAGACCUCCCAAAGAUCCCUAACCCCGGCCCCACAAUAAACACCAUCUGAAGCAGC